AUGAGUUGUAGUAUUAAGCAGACAACGGGCUCUCUCAGGGGCAGGACCAGCGGGGGCAGCUGUGUUAUCGGUGGCGGUGGUGGUGGUGGAGGAGCACGCAUCUCCUCAGUCUCCUCCGGAAGAUACACGACUUGCGGGAUAGGUGGUAGCCGGGGGUUUUCUGGUAGAAGCUACUGUGGUGGUGUGAAUUACGGAGGAGGACUGAGCACUGGCAGUUUGGUUGGUGGAAACUAUGGAGGCAGCUUAGGAGCUGCUGUCCUCGGAGGAUGCUCGGGCAUUGGAUUCAGCGGUGGCAGCGCUCGCUUUGGCGGUGGCAUUGGAGGUGGCCUUGGUAUUGGUCUUGGUGGAGGGGUAGUUGGAGGUGGUUUUGCUGGUGAUGGCAUUCUUCUUUCUGGUGACGAAAAGGUCACCAUGCAGAACCUUAACGACCGCCUGGCUUCUUACCUGGACAAGGUGAGGUGCCUGGAACAAGAAAACGCUGACCUGGAGUGCAGGAUCAGGGAGUGGUAUGCCAAGCAGGGCCCUUUUUGUGAGCCCCGGGACUACAGCUGCUAUUACAAAGAAAUAGAAGAUCUUCAAAAUCAGAUUGUCUGCGCAACCAUAGACAACAACAAGAUCAUUCUGAACAUCGAUAACAGCAGGAUGACCGCCGACGACUUCCGAGUGAA